AAGAAGCAGAAGGAGACACAGAGUGGAGCCCAGAGGGAGAUGGGCCCUGUGGCCUCAGCUGACAAACCCACCACCAAGCUCAGCACCAGCCGCAAUGACGAAGGCUUCUCCUCCAGCUCACAGGACGUUAACGGAUUCACAGAUGGCAGCCGCGGGGAGCUGUCCCAGCCCACCCUGACCAUCCAGACGCAUCCCUACCGGGCCUGCGACCCUGUGGAAAUGAGCUACCCUCGGGACCAGUUCCAGCCAGCCAUCCGGGUGGCUGACCUGCUCCAACACAUCACCCAGAUGAAGAGAGGCCAGGGCUAUGGGUUCAAGGAGGAAUAUGAGGCUUUACCAGAGGGGCAGACAGCUUCGUGGGACACAGCCAAAGAGGAUGAGAACCGCAAUAAGAAUCGAUAUGGCAACAUUAUAUCCUAUGACCAUUCUCGAGUGAGGCUGCUGGUACUGGAUGGAGACCCACACUCUGACUACAUCAACGCCAACUACAUUGAUGGGUACCAUCGACCUCGGCACUACAUCGCAACUCAAGGUCCCAUGCAGGAGACUGUCAAGGACUUCUGGAGAAUGAUUUGGCAGGAGAACUCAGCCAGCAUCGUCAUGGUCACAAACCUCGUGGAAGUGGGCAGGCACCCAGCGGAACACACUGUGGGAAAUGCCACUCUAGGCCGUGCUGCGUCCCCCGGAAUGGUGAAGUGUGUGCGAUACUGGCCAGACGACACAGAGGUCUACGGAGACAUUAAAGUCACCCUGAUUGAAACAGAGCCCCUGGCAGAAUAUGUCAUCCGCACCUUCACUGUCCAGAAGAAAGGCUACCAUGAGAUCCGGGAGCUCCGCCUCUUCCACUUCACCAGCUGGCCGGACCACGGCGUCCCCUGCUAUGCUACCGGCCUCCUGGGCUUCGUCCGCCAGGUCAAGUUCCUCAAUCCCCCGGAAGCUGGGCCCAUAGUGGUCCACUGCAGUGCUGGGGCUGGGAGGACCGGCUGCUUCAUCGCCAUUGACACCAUGCUCGACAUGGCCGAGAAUGAAGGCGUGGUGGACAUCUUUAACUGUGUGCGUGAGCUCCGUGCCCAGAGGGUCAACCUGGUGCAGACGGAGGAGCAGUACGUGUUCGUACAUGAUGCCAUUCUGGAAGCAUGCCUCUGUGGCAACACAGCCAUCCCAGUGUGCGAGUUCCGCUCUCUCUACUACAAUAUCAGCAGGCUGGACCCCCAGACCAACUCCAGCCAAAUCAAAGAUGAAUUUCAGACCCUCAACAUCGUGACUCCCCGGGUCCGGCCAGAGGACUGCAGCAUUGGGCUCCUGCCCCGGAACCACGAUAAGAAUCGGAGCAUGGAUGUCCUGCCCCUGGACCGCUGCCUGCCCUUCCUCAUCUCAGUGGAUGGGGAAUCCAGCAACUAUAUCAACGCAGCACUGAUGGAUAGCCACAAGCAGCCCGCCGCCUUUGUGGUCACGCAACACCCUCUGCCCAACACUGUGGCAGACUUCUGGAGGCUGGUGUUCGAUUAUAACUGCUCCUCCGUGGUGAUGCUGAACGAGCUGGACACCGCUCAGCUCUGUAUGCAGUACUGGCCAGAGAAGACCUCGGGAUGCUAUGGGCCCAUCCAGGUGGAGUUCGUCUCUGCAGACAUCGACGAGGACAUCAUCCACAGGAUAUUCCGCAUCUGUAACAUGGCUCGGCCACAGGAUGGGUAUCGCAUAGUCCAGCACCUUCAGUACAUUGGCUGGCCGGCCUACAGGGACACACCCCCCUCUAAGCGCUCUCUGCUCAAAGUGGUUCGACGCCUGGAGAAGUGGCAGGAGCAGUACGAUGGGAGGGAGGGACGCACUGUGGUCCACUGCCUAAACGGGGGCGGCCGCAGUGGAACCUUCUGUGCCAUCUGCAGCGUGUGUGAGAUGAUCCAGCAGCAAAACAUCAUCGACGUGUUCCACAUCGUGAAAACAUUACGUAACAACAAGUCCAACAUGGUGGAGACCCUGGAACAGUAUAAAUUUGUAUACGAGGUGGCCCUGGAAUAUUUAAGCUCCUUUUAGCCCAACAGGAUGGGGAAGCUGCUGCAGCCAUGCCCCCUUUUCUGUGAAUGGCAGUGACUGGGCUCAGGGGCUAAGAGGUGACUGGGGGUCCCGUGGUCCACGGUGGGCUCUGCACCUUCCAAAGGGUCUCCAGUUGCUUUGGGGGAUGCUGCCCAGCAAGGCCCAGGCUUCUUUUCCACCCCACCCCCCAUCAGCCUCUGCCAAGGGCCGGUGUAGACACACACCCAGAGCAAGGCCCGGAUUUUUCAGUGCCCAGGACCUCUUGCUUUUGCUCUUUGCAAGUCUGUGAAUCUCACGGCAAGCCGACAGUGCAGGCGCAGGGUGGGCACAAUCGGACCCUUGGGGUCACUGCCCUGCUGCCCCCCGCCAUCUCCUCCAGGGACCUCUGGCACAGGACACCUGCUGCCUGGACCAUGGGGACCUCAGGAUGCUCCCGAGACCACGGCAGAAGCCCCCGCCCUCCCACCUAACCUGCAUGGGGCUUGGCCCACCACCAUUCUGUACCCCUCCCCCAGCCCAGGCCUUGACCUUCUGGCAUUCACUGGCCAGCCCACUGUGUCCCGCUGUGUCCGUGACACU